CGCUGUCUUUCCCUAACAUUCGAAGAACUGAACCCGCUCUGCCCUGGAAGAUCAGGAAGUUCCCCCAGAAGAGGAGGCAGGGGCCCAUCCUUUGCCGUCCGAGAGAAGGCCCCCAUCUGAGCCCAGCACGGUCCCAGCGCCCAGCAGAGGGCGGCCCGCCCAGCAUCUGGGGGUGAUGGUUGAGUGGUUGAAUGGAGGAACCACAGGUAGAAGAGAAGGUGUGGGGUGCAGGGCCUCGGGGCCCUGGCGGAGAGUGGUCCCACCCCAGCAGGCGGGAGGGCGGGGCACAGUGGGUGGGCCCCUCCCGGUUUCCUCCUCUGGCUGCUGAAGCCAGACUCAGUCCCGGCUGUGUGCGAGGCAGCAUGGGCAGCCAGAGGAGAGGUGCCAGGAGCCUGCGGGGCAGGGAGGGGGCGGCCCCCACCAAGUGUGUGGCGGACAAGUGCUUUGACCCUCUGGUCCGAAAGUGCGUGGACUGCAGGCUCCUCCGGACGCCAGAACCCAGACCGGCCUCGCCUCCUUCCGACCCUCCCCCUCCCCGGCCGUCCCUGCCCCCUGCCCCCUGCUCUCUCUCCCCGUCCGCUCCGCCAGCAGCCGGGCCUGGCAGCCUGGCGCCGGGGACCGCGCUGCAGCCGCAGGAGUCGGUGGGCGCGGGGGCCGCCGCCGAGACCGAGGCCGAGGCCGCGCUGCCUCUGCCCGCGCUGCUCUUCGGCGCCCCCGCGCUGCUGGGGCUGGCGCUGGCCCUGGUCCUGGUGGGCCUGCUGAGCUGGAGGUGGCGGCGGCGGCGGCGCCUGCGCGCGGCGGCUCCCCCGGGGGACCCGGACCCGCACCCGCACGAGCCCCUGGACGAUGUCAUCAUCCAUCCCCCGAAACCCCUUGAUGCCACAGCUCCCGUCUGGCCUCCACCCAGAGAAGACCCAGCCAACACCCCACCUGCCCACAGCGUCCCUGUGCCAGCCACAGAGCUGGGCUCCACUGAACUGGUGACCACCAAGACUGCUGGCCCUGAGCAACAGUAGCGACGGAGGGGGCAGGAAGCGACCCCUGUCCUCCCUGUGAGCUGUCAGCCAGGGGCCUGGAGGUUGGAUUCGGCUCUUGACUGCAGUGUCCACCUGCCCCUUUUCUGGGAACCUGGCUGCUCCCCAGCUAACCCUGCAGAACCACAGACUACAGACCGCAGAGUUCAGACGGCAGCGCGUCGUAUGGCAUGUUAGCGUGUGGCUUAAAACCAGACCAUCGCUGGCCACCGUCGAAGGUGGUGGCUGAGCUCCUGUGCCUUUGUGUGGCUGGGGCACUCUGUGUAGGAGGUUUUUCUUUAAGUGCAGGGAAGCCACCGUAAGCCAGAAUGAAUCUAGGAAAAUGACUGAGUAGGAGGAUGCUUAAUUUGUAGCUGGGUGUUGUAUUUCUUUAAUACUUGCUCUCGGAGCUGUCCUGCCUUAAAGCUGAUGCAAAUGGCAGUAAUGAGUAACCAACUGAGGGGUUUGCUUCAGGGUUUAAUAGAAGGUGAUUUUGACAAAGAGCCUGGAUUGCGCUGAUUCUCGGGUAUCUGUACCCCAGGGUCAACCCUGCGCUUGGCCCAGUCUUCUAGGACCUAAGAUGCCUUUUUUACCCUCAUAGCAGCUUCCAGAGCCCCCAGCUUGCACCGAGAGAGGAGGUAUACAGCCCCUCUGGGGCUAGACUGCAAACUCAUGAUGAAGGCACCCAGACGAAAAUCUCCCCAGAGACCCCACCUGGGGUCCCAGCUGCCUUCAAGGCACACUCAGCUGUACCUAGGGAAAGGCCCAGAACCUGCAAGAGGUUCCUUUGUUCAGAAGCCAGAGCGGGGCUGUGGCCUUGAACCAGCGGGACCCGAUGCCCCUUGAGCUCCCCUCUGUCUGUGGUCCACCCUCCUCAAGCUAGGCCCCAAGUGCUGGGGUCACUUGGCCAUUCUAUGCCAGCCCCUGGGAUCACCCAUUGUCCUAGGGGAAUUGCUCCUCCGACAGCAGUGCCCCCUGCUCUGCGGCCCGAGGCUGAGACCAUCUCCUCUAGUUGUGGACCAUGCUACACUUGGUCAGGUUCUGCCUCUCCUACUGGCCCUCCAACACAGGGUUAGAAACUCCUGACCGGAUUGGACAGUCCUUGGGACUUGUCACAGCUUAGCGCCCUCACAAGAAGCGUGGACUAGGAGUCAGAAGACGGAGUUUUGGGUACUCCGUGUCUCACUGGAGAGCCUUGGUCAUGCUCUGUUGCACGCAUCAGAUGCUUUCGGCCCACCUCUCCCUGACCUUCCCGGCAGACCUUCACCCUUCCCGCCCACCCCCCUUCUCAGCCCAGAAGAUGGUCUGGAGCCUCCAGGACCCUGACCCUCACACUGAAGUCUUCCUAGCCACUCCCUCCCUGAAUGCAUCCCAAGUGCCCCUAUCCGCAGGCUGCCAGGUGGCUGGGGUAAGGUCAGGUGGCUGGCGGGAGGCAGGAGGGUGGGAAGCAGGCCCAGACAUCCAGUCCCCUUCAGCUCGGGAUCGGGGAGUCUGAGCUGUUCCUCCUGGCCACUCCUACCUCCCACUCACCUUUUCCACCGCAGUGGGGGACCGGGCCCUGGAGGUAAAACAUGUGCGUAAAACCCCUCUGGGGUCCAGACAUGCAAACCUCUGGCACCACUGUGUCCCAGUCAAACCCCAGCUUCCCCUCUGGUCUCGGUUUCCGUUUCUGAAAAAUGGGGGGUUGGAUGCAAAGUGCUCCUCUGGGCUUAUGGCCCUUAGAGGAGAAGAACUGGAAAGAACCUUAAAGAAUCCUUACCCCCACCUCCCUCCAUUUUAUAGAUGAAGAAAUUGAGGCCCAGAAGAAGCAAGUUUCCUGGGAGAAGAACCGGGAGCAGAGGCGGGGGGAGAGGUGGGCAAAGAGGGGGCCAGUCUCCCCCAGGCCCCAGUCGCCCAGGGGCUUCCAGUCCCUGGCUCUCUGUCCGGGCAGUGCUUUCUAAGGAGUCUUCAUGAAGUUACUGCAUUUGACCUUAAUGACAGCACCUGGAGGAGGGCAUGGGUAUUCGUUUGCUUUAAAAAAGGUUUUUGUGUUUUGUUUUUUUCAUUAGAAAAAAAAAGGGACGCCUGGGUGGCUCAGUCGGUUAAGUGUCUGACUCUUGGUUUCUGCUCAGGUCACAAUCUCACAGUUCAUGGGUUCAAGCCCCACACCGGGCUCCAUGCUGUCAGCGUGCUUGGGAAUUCUCACUCUCCCUCUCUCUCUGGCCCUCCCCCAGUCACUCUCUCUGUCUCUCUCUC